AGUUCGAAAAGGAAUCGCAUUGCAUGCGGAUGUACCGUGAUUUUCAUGCAAACAAUUUCACUCAUUUGUGACGUCGAAAAAGGAUUUUUCACUUUUCUAACCGUUUUUUUUUUUAAAUCACAAAAUGACUUGACCAAUGGUUCAGACAUCUCGUAUAGUGUAUCGAAUAAACUGAAGCGAACUGAAAUUUUACACUGAAUAAAUACUGAACAGUGACGACGACGGCGGCGGCGGCAUAAUUGAGUGAAAUGAGAGUAACUACGAUCGUCAGUGUCUAAGGCUCAUGUAAUAAAAUAAUAGGAAAAUAAUGAGAUUUAUAGUCGUUGUGCAUAAAUGAGCACACCACACCAAGGAAGAGAUCGUUAGACAGUGUACAAAGUAGAUAAACGAAGUUCGUUUAAUUGAAAUUUAUGCCUUGACAUUCAACCGGUAUUCGGUAUUUUGUGCUUGAACGACGUACAACAAUGCAUAGUACUGUACAAUAUAUAAGUUACUGCAUUAAGACAAUGAAACGAAGCGGAAAUUGAUUCGGUGAAAGGCGUUUAAAAUUAAAGUGAACUGAAUUCUUAAAGUAGUGGCGUGUGCGAUUAACGUCGACACGUGAAUUUGGCGCUGAAGUGUCGAGGAACAACAGGGAAGUGCGCAAAAAUUACCAAUUAAACGUCGUAAAUCACGACACAGAAAUAUUUUUAAGGUUUUGCAACUUCAUCGAAGAAACCACCGUAAAAAGGAUAUGCAUCGCAACACAAUUUAACCCGGUGUUUAAUAUGAUAAUCCGAUUAGAAUAUUAAGCAUUAAUCUACUCUUGUGUAAUAUGUUUUUGGGGAGAUUACAUUCAGCACAUAUUAUUUAUCCGACUUAGUGUUGAAUAAGUUUGGAUUUUUAUUUUGGUGGAAACAGAAAUCACUUUGACUGCGUAUGUGUAUCGGAAAACCAUUGUGUUUGCCGUGAAGGGUGAAAGGAAAAAAAAUCAACUAUUGUAUAAGUGAAAUUUGCCGUGACUUUAAUUCGAACUUGAACUGACUAGACGGAAAAGGAGAUAAGAAACAUUUUUCUUUAUCAACGAAAAAGAUGAAAACGGCAACGAAGAAGACGAUAGUGAAUUCAACUAUUUAGAACAUUAUUCGAAUUAGAAAGCACCGAAAAGAGCAUUUCUGAGGGAAAAAAUAACUGAAGAUAGAAAAAAAGUGAAUGACGAGGGCAGGCAAAUGCAUGCGAUUCUUGUCAAUGCGCUUAGUUUUUCAGCCAGAUGAUACCAAAGAGGGUGUUUAGCCCUUCGUUGACUAUAAAAUCGUUGACAAGUGAAAAUCGUCUCAAGGGAAAUCGUCGAUUUGAUUGUGAGUCUGAAGCAUCGUCGGUGGCCAGUACUAGUAGUACGAGUAACAAUAACAAAAUCAAGCCAUUGGAUCCGAUUAAAGAAUUGGCUGCUGCAUCGAUUGAAUACGAUAAAAAAGUCGUCGUCAUUGGAAAAGCAAACAUUGAAAAUGGAAAAGACAUCAACGAUAAAAACAAUUCCACCAAUAAGCUGCUCCAUAAUGAUGUAAGUCAUAGUGAAAAGGAUAAGACACAAAAUGAUCAGCAUCAACAUCAGCAUCAGCAGCAGCAUCAUCAUCAUCACAGUGGCAGCUCCAAAAAACCAAAUAACACUGAACUCGUAAAUAAUCUAAUUGGAACGCCGGAAACUGCUGUUGGAAUCGGAAAUUGCCAUCCAAAUAUUCACAACAUUGGCCAGGCUGGCGAGCAUACGAGCAACGCACAUGAUGAAAACAACCAUGAUGCAGUAGAUAAAAUUGAGUUAUCCGUAAAAAGAUGUGAUGUCGAAACAAAAAUCAACAAUGUGCCACUGCGUGAUGUUAUCCAGCGUAAAGUAACGAAAUUGCCCAACCAAUUAUUGAACAGUAGCAAAGAAUUAUCGUCGAAAUUGGUAACAGCUGCAUCAACGACCACAUCGAAAAAUGUAAGUCGAACGAAACGUUUACUAUUCCGUCGUAAAACAACAGCCAUUACCAAAGAUCAAAUCGAAGUAGCAAAACAUCUUGCCAGCAAUGAACAAUCACCAACAACUCAAAAUAAUGAAGCAUUUAAUGAGCGUACAUUGAACGCGUCGCAGGUAACAGUGCCAACCAUUGAGAGCAAUUAUAGUAAAGCAAUUGAUACGAUUCAAGCGACGGAGGAGCUUGAACAGCGGCAGCUACAGCAGCAGCAUCAUCAUCAUCAAAGUUCCACUUCAACGAAGCAGAAACAGGCAAAUAACAUCACCAUCGUUACCAAUUUACAAAAUUCAAAGCGAAAAAAUGCCAAAACUGACAACAAGUACAAAUUGGACGAAGUGAACAAAAAUGCCGAAAACACUGUUCUAACAACAACAUCAUCAACGAAUGAUAACGUUUCGACUUCAAAACGAUAUUAUUUUAAGCAAUUGCCUGCAGCUAAUAAAAUAAAAUCCGAGAAUUUUGCAUCGUUGCCGACGAACGAAACAGACACCGAUUUAACGAAUGAAAUUCAUGAUAAUUUCGUAGCCAGUUCGAAUAAUAAAGCGAAAAUUGUAAACGAAAGGAAGCAACCACCGCCGUACAUAGAUCCACCGCCACCACAGUCUUCACCACGAAACGUAGCCGCAUUUAACAAACAAACGAAUCAUACUUCAUGCGAAUUGCAGAAAAUAUUUAAAAAUAACAAAGCUGAAAGCGAUAUUCUGAAUGCUCAACUUGAUAUCAUCGACGGUUGCAUCAACGACGACGAACAUGGAAAUUAUGCGGUGCCAUAUGUACAAUCUCCGACGUCCGAAUUAAACUUGAGCUCACCACCAACUGUUGUGAAUUCAAGCGUUUACAUUCGAAUUGCAAAUCAGCCCGAAUCGAAAGUCAACAGCCAUAGUCACAGCCACAGUCACAGCCAAUACACAGGUGGUGUAAAAAAGCCAACAAACAUAACUAAGUCACAAAGCCCGAAUAAUCGAGCAUUUUUAUCACGGCAACAACAAAAGCGAUUGCCUGUGCAAACUCAAUGCAAAGACAAUAAAGAUUCAUCGCAUGAUAAAUCGGCCAUCGAAACUGAGAUUUUAUUGCUAGACCCGAUUGGUCAAAGUUUUAGCUCGGGCGGCAUUGGAAGCAGCAGUAACAGUAAUAGCAUCAGCACCAGCACCAGCAGCAGCGAUAGUAGCAACGAAAACGAUAAAACCACCCAUAUAAACGUAGUCGAAACAAAUCAACGCACCAAAAUGGAUCCAAGUAAUAUAAUAAACCUAACGUCACCAUGCGAUAUGCUCACCAAGCCCGAGUUUUCAUCAAGUCAUUUGCAAAAUAUACCGGUACGACCACGGAAAGGUGUACCACAUUUAGAAAACUAUUGUCUAUUCGAUCCGAGCAAAGAUUUUGUCAACGAAAAAGAACUGAAAAAGAAGUACGGAUUGGUGAGUGGCGAUUGUAUGCCAUUUCCAAUCAAAAUACUCGAUAAACGAACCAAUGAAGAGGAGCUCAUUAAGGAAACGAUUUACGAGGAUCAUGACUUUGUUUACGAUACACUCGAAGAUGUGGAAGAAGAAGAUGAAGAAGAAAUGGACGAAAACCAAACGUCAUAUCCAAACUAUUUUACCAUCGACCCUGAUUACAUUGAAGAGAAUAAAAUGGAAUCGAUGUUUGCGAAUGCAAAUCAUUUGCAUCCGAUUGUCGAAUCCGAAACCGAAGACAUUUAUAGCGAUACCAAUGCAAAUGUUAACAAAACAACGAUUUAUGAAAACCAACAAGUGACGGUGCAAGAACCUAAACCAGAUGUUCCUCUCAAAAAAUCGCCACAAAUCGAAAAAAUCGUGCGUCAAUCGUCACAGCCGGUGAUAUCGACAUUUACCGCAAAGAAAAUGAUAUCAUCGGGCGGUGUUGGUGUAGGAGGGAAACCACCUCCUGUCAAAAAUGACUCAUCAACGUUGUCGAAAUAUCCAAAUGCCAAGGUUUCGUCGAAAAUUCGCACAAAAUUAAGCCCACCAAACGACCUACCGUUACGCACAACCAAUCAAAUUGCCAUGAAAGUGACGACGACGACAAUAGCAACGAAAAAACGCAACAGUAUUACAAUGAAACACAGUGUAUCUACGCCACAAUUAAGCCUGAAGGAUUUACUUGAAGAAAAUGCCGCAUUACCUGUGGUCGAAAUUGAAAUAAAAAACACAGUGGCACCGAAUAAAAAUGUAAUGGCCACGUCCGUUGGGAAUCGGGCGAGCCAAUAUAAAUUUACACGUCGGCCAGCCUCACAGCACAGUGAUGCUGACAGUGGUUUUCUUAGCCCAGCCACACCAACAUCCGAUGCAUUCAAUCACGCAACAGCAUUUGCUUUUCCACAAUUUGACACAAUUCAGGGAUACAUUGAUGUGUACACCAACUGGGCCAAUCACUAUCUCGAGAGGGUUAAAUCGAAAAAACGAGUCAAUGACCUGCAGAAUGAUUGCCGCGAUGGACUGUUGUUGGCCGAUGUGGUCGAAGGUGUGACAGCAGUCAAGGUGUCUGAUUUAAUACGAAAGCCGAAAACACAGCAACAAAUGUUUGACAACGUCAACAACUGUCUGAAUACAUUGCACACAUUGGCCGUGGGUGGUCUGGAUGGAAUCACCACCAAUGACAUAUGCACCGGUAAACUUCGAGCAAUACUCGAUCUAUUCUAUGCGCUAAGUGUUUACAAACAGGCGGCAAAACUAAAAUCCGGCGUCCCCAUCAACAAGCAACAAGCACAACCGGCUCCACAAACAUCGGUGCAGCAAAUACACCAACCGCUCACUCAGCAAACACAACUUGGACUUCAACCGAACACAGUCAAUGCUUCCAACGAAAUGCUGAAUCGACAACUACCUGCGCCAUAUGGAAAGCCAGGACCGAAUGGUACUUCGAUACCAUUGCCAUCUACCGUUUUAGUCACACGACGAUGUCCACCCGAUAAAGUAAGACCUUUGCCACCGACACCAAGUCACCAAAUCGGUGCAAAUGGCAAAGUGAAUGGAAAUGUGGAGACGAAUGCGUUGCAACAAAAUGGAAAUCCACCAACGCAAAUACCGAAAAGUAGCAGCGGUUUGCGCCAACAAACGGCGUGCAAGAUACCAGCGAGUCCGUAUGCGGUGCACAAUCACAUAGCCGGCAAUGGCAGCAUCGUAAUGAAUGGCAUGCCGGCCACGCCGACAAAGCACUCCAUGCUUGAUAAAUUAAAGUUGUUCAAAGGCGAGAAAUCGGAUCGGUCGUCCAAGGCACAGAUAUCAACUAAGCGAACAAGUUCAAGCAGUGGAUUUUCGUCGGCACGCAGCGAACGCAGUGAUUCGAGUUUAAGUUUAAACAACGAUCCGAAUGCAAAGUCGUCGGGUAUUCCAGUGGUGAGCUCUCAAGCGCAGCAGCAGCAGCAGCAGCAAGCGCCGUCGUGUAAUUUGAAAAAAUCAUCGGACACAUCGAAAGCAAAAUCGAAACUGUUGUCGUCGUCGGGAAAAAGUUCCAGCAAAGAUACGCUAACGAAGAAAUCGGAGAAGAAAGAUAAGAGUCCGGCACGCACAGUGUCAGCUGACAUGAGUGAAAGUAAAAUUGCCGUUUCGAAAGCCCAAAAAGCAUCCGGUGGCAAGAAUGAGAGUAAAUUGAAAAUGAUUUCAUCGAGUCGCAAAUCGUUGGAUCAAAAUCGAUCGGAGAGUAAAACGAAUAUCUCGCAAAUUGCGCCGCCAAACGCAAAAGCUCAAACAAGUUCAACAACAACAAUGACAACGGCAUCAGUGCCGGCCCAAAUGACGACCAGCAGUAUACCGAACGUGAUGUAUACAAGCAUACCGAAACCAAUGGCCGCUAUUAAAGGCACGACCAAACUAUCGAAUGCACAUAAUCAAACAUCGUCAACGCAACCAAAAUCAACAACGGAACAAUUCAAUGAUAUCAAAAGCCAGAAACUGGUAGACAUAUCAAGUCAAAAUAAUAACAUAUCGACCAAUAAUCAGGAUGAUGGAAAAAUGCAAAUCAUUGCGCCGAUUCUAAUCGAAAAUAUGGUCAAUCAGCAGCAAACAAUGUUGGCCAACCAUUUGCAAAUGCAACAAGCGCUAAAUCAACAAAACAUAUCAAUGAGUGAUACAAAAUCGACACACAGCUCGUCAACGUCAUCCGGUCCCAUAUCCAGUACAUGCGAUUCAACUGUAAUAUAUCGACCAUCAUCAAACGAUCAAUCGAAUGUUGCAUCCGAUGCAAUUGCAAUGCGACCAAAUCCAAUUCUAUCGUCAUCGAAUAAACUUAUGUUUGCCAAUCGAACGAAACAAAUUGGUGGUCUGGCCGAUCUGCAUAAUGGAUCAAUGAUUAAGGCAUCGUCAAAUGGUAGCAUCGCAUCAACGGCAUCAUCAUCAAUGACAGCAAUGUCAUCGUCAACGAAUGGCACCAAUGCCAAUAAAUUUAAUACAGUGCCCACGAAACAAAUUCAAAAUGUCAACGGUGUGAUUUAUGAGGAGGAAAAACAAAUGACUGUUAUGCCAAUGCGACCACUGCUCCGUGGUUACAAUAGUCAUUUAACAUUGCCAACGCGUGGAAAUCAACGUAAUCAGCACAUGGCAUACGAUUAUAAUGAUGACAUGGCACAAGGAUACUGCAGCGAUGGUGAUGCACUGCGCAAAGUACCGGUUCGGUAUUCGGACAUUGAGAACGGGUACAUGUCAGAGGGCGGAGGCGUUAGCUCCGGUUCAACUACUAAUGGCAAUGUAUUGCACCACAAACCGAUGCUGUUACGAGCUCGCACUCAAUUGCCCACCACAAUGGAAGAAAGAUUCCGUGGCAGUCGUGGUGAACAUUUGGACAGUAUUGGGAUGCAGUCGCACGUAAUGGAUAUGAAUGGAAGUGGUCGUCAUCGAUCACCUUUGCCACCGCCACCGACUACAGCUCAUUUGGUCAAUGGAAAUGGAACUGUUGAACAAUGGUCCAAAUUAGCCGACACAUCUAAUGGCCAAGAUCAGAAUAAUCUAAGCCCAACGCCAAGUCGCAAAGAUAAAAAUUCACCGAGUCACUCGCGACGAAAUUCGUCGUCAAAGAAUCCAUCGAGUCGUGCCAAAAGUGCUCCACAAGUGUUUGCCUACAUGAAACGAAAUGGAUCGUUAGAUGCUCAAACGCAGCAAGCGGCCAUGAUGAUGACAGCCAACGGAGGACGAACGGCUCAUGUAUCGGCCGUACCGCGUACGAAUAAAAUGAAAGUGUCAGGCGGAACACAAACUUGUACGGCUGAUUUGCAAACGAAAUUACCAUCAAAUCCGCAAAACCGCAGUUUCUCAUUAACUGGAACGAAUGCAGCGCAGCUCAGUCAAUCGAUUCGUGAACGAUUGGCAAAUGGUUCGCACAGUCUGCCAAAACCCGGCACCGAUUUAUCUGUCUUCCAGCAUCGAAUGGCCAACCGGGGAUCGCUCAAAAUGACUGAUGGAAGUCUAUCGGACACACAAACUUAUGCUGAAGUUAAAACCGAUUACGGCAGCUAUGCCAUGUGGUUGAAACACAGUAACACAGCCACAAGCCGUUUAUCGGAGGGUGACACAAUCGAUAAUGUUGGCAUCGGUUCACCAGCACGUGCUCACAAAAUGAUGCAACGUGAAUCCACUUAUACAACACAAAGCCCACGAUUAAAUCGAAGCAAUAGCAUUAGCUAUCUGAAAGAAAGGACAUAUCCAAGAUCGACAAAAUCCGAAAAAAUGUAUCCAUCGAUGUUAUCACGUGGUCCAUCCGAUGUUGAAAUCGAGCCGUACUACUGUUUGCCCGUGGGUGCACAGAAUCCAUUGUCAGCGCACGCGAAUGCAACCGCAAAAACGGUCGUGCCAUGGAGUCAACCGACAUCACCGACACCUCCAUCGCGAUUCAGCAGCAACGGGCCACUAUCACCAACCCAUGCUUAUCGUUUAACAUAUCCAAAGAAGAACGACGAUGUGCACGGUAGCGCAACGUCAUUGAUAUCAGGUGGUUCAUCGUUGUACGGUUCCACCGAAGAUCGGCAAGCCAACGAGGUCCGUCGCUUGAAGAGAGAAUUAUGCGAUGCACGCGAUCAAGUAAUGAGUUUAUCCAGCCAGUUGUCGUCCAACGCUCAUUUGGUGUCAGCAUUCGAACAGAGUUUAAGUAAUAUGACGCAGCGAUUGCAACAGCUGUCAGCAACGGCCGAACGCAAAGAUGGUGAACUGAUGGAAAUGCGCCAAACGAUUGAGCUGCUGCGUAAACAAUCGAUUCAAGCUGGUUUGACGACGGCUCACAUUCAAAGUAUGAGCAACACAGAUCAACCAACGAAUCGUCUAUCGUCCACAAACUCCCUUGAAAGUACACCAUCAAAUGGAACAACAUCGAAAAUUUCGGGUCAAUCAACAACGGCCACAAUUUCCGAUGCUCCAUUGGAACGACACCUAAGCUCGGAUUCAAUGUGCUCGCUGAACUCAAUUAGCUCAGGAUGUUCGACACAGGAUAAAAAUAAGAAGAAAACCGGAUGGUUGCGAGAAUCGUUCAAAAAAGCCUUCACUCGAAAUGCCAAAUUAGGGAAAAACGGUCGAUAUGUCACGACAUUGGAACAGAUUCCAUCGAGUCAUUCGAUCAGCUUGAAUUCGUCAAAUGAAACAAAUACAUCGUUGCCACCGCCAUCGCCGACCAAAGGCAGUCCACAUCGAAUGAUGCCGGUGGUAGAAAAUGCCAAACCAAUCGAUGCCAUCGAAGAGGAAAACAAUCCGGUGGUGGAGGAUUUAAAGAAACAACUCAGAGAAAAAGACUUAGUGUUGACUGACAUUCGCCUAGAGGCGUUGAGCUCAGCAUCGCAGCUGGAGAGUCUCAAGGAUACGGUCAACAAGAUGCGACAAGAAAUGAUGAAUUUGAAACAGAACAAUGAACGGCUUCAAAAGAUGGUGACAAGUCGAUCGUUGGCUGGCAGUGAGGUGUCAUUGGGCAAUAGCGGUCCGAUGAGUCCGAAUGGUUCGAUCGGUGAACCACGGCGAUACAGUUUGGCUGAUGGCAAUUUACGCCCGCCUUUGGAUUUACCAAAGAGUUUAGAUGAAACCGAAGAAGAAAACAUUCCACCAGCUCCAGCACCCGAACCAGAUUCGUUGAAGCAAAACUCGGAUUUGAGUCCAACACAUUCACACUUGAAUGGAAAUCAUUCGGAUCAUUUGUCAACGCCGGCCGAAGAGAUUCCAGAAGAUCAAAUUGAUGGCAAGAAAAUUUCAAUUGUCGUUUAUUUGGGACAACCCGAAUCAUUCACUAAAUACGCUGAAGAACUGUUGCAAACGGAGAAUGAAUUCUUUGAGCAGAAAAUCGGCGACAUUCAUGAGAAUGGUUUCGAGAAGAAGCAAUCGUUCUCAUUGUGUUCAGCAUCGAAUGAAUUCACCAUUGCGUACACGUACAUUUCGGGCAAAACUACAUGGCAAAAUCUCGAUUACAUUGUGCGCAAAACAUUCAAAGAUUACUUGGCACGAAUUGAUCCAGGUACGAAUUUGGGCUUGAACACCGAUUCCAUCACAUCGUAUCACUUGGGCGAAGCAAAACGAGGCCCAGAAAUUGGCUACCCCGAAUUGCUGCCAUGUGGAUACAUUAUUGGCAGUGUUCGUUCGCUGUACAUUUGCUUGCAAGACGUUGGAUCGCUCGCAUUCGACAGUUUGAUUCCACGCAGCAUCGUUCAACGAUACAUUAAUUUGCUCAAUGAUCAUCGCCGAUUGAUUUUGUGCGGCCCAAGUGGAACGGGAAAAUCAUACUUGGCCAGAAAAUUGGCCGAAUUCCUCGUUACACAGUCACAGCGUGAUAACCCAAAUGAGGCGAUCGCAACGUUUAACGUGGAUCACAAAUCAUCCGAAGAGCUACAGCAUUAUUUGGGCCACAUAGCGGCUCAGGCAUCAAUGGCAAAUGGCGUAUCAGAGCUACCAUCUGUGAUUAUUUUGGACAAUUUGCACCAUGCAUCAGCGCUUGGUGAUGUGUUCCAAGUGUUGUUGAGUGCUGGUCCAGCAUCAAAAUUGCCGUGCAUAAUCGGCACAAUGUCACAGGCAACAUGCAAUACAACAAAUCUACAAUUACAUCACAAUUUCCGAUGGGUGCUCACAGCCAAUCACAUGGAACCGGUUAAAGGUUUCUUGGCUCGUUUUUUGCGUCGACGUUUGUACACACUUGAACUAACGACAACCACAACGCAAUCGCAUUUAGCCUCAAUAUUUACAUGGCUUCCGACCGUUUGGCAGCACAUCAAUCGAUUCCUCGAAACGCACAGCUCAAGUGAUGUGACAAUUGGGCCACGGCUAUUUCUAUCGUGUCCGCUUGACAUAACCGAUGCUCAAGUUUGGUUCACCGAUGUGUGGAACUAUCAUUUGGCACCGUAUCUGCUGGAAGCAGUACGCGAAGGUGUUCAAUUGUAUGGACGACGUGGUGGUGCUUGGAUUGAUCCAGUCACAUUUGUACGUGAAACGUAUCCAUGGGCAGCGAUCAAUGGAACGAAGAAUAUCCCGCCGUUGCGACAGAUCAACGCCGAAGACGUUGGCUUGGACGGUGGUGCUGCUAAUGGAUCAGAUUCACAGGAUCCAUUGUUAAACAUGCUGAUACGACUUCAAGAGGCUGCAAACUACACCAGCAACCCAGAACAAGAAUCCGAUUGUGCUAGUUUAGAUUCGAAUGUGACAUUGGAUAGUGCCAGUGAGAAGCUAGAAACGAACUAAAGCGAUUUUCACUGAGUCACUCAACGAUUUCGAAUUGAUCCAAUGUUGGAGACAAUAAAUUAAAAGAGAUCAAAGAAGAAGAUAAAGUUUUGUAUUUCAAUCAAAGGGAAAAUCAUUCAUAUUGAUGUCUAGAGGCCAAGAAUGUAUUUUUUUUUCUUCUUCUCUUUGUUAUUUAUAAUCUGCGUAAUUUGCAUAACAUUCGAACUGCAUUAGAAUGCAUUCAAUUUCGAUAGAGUAAGAAAUGCUGUCGUCAUAUCGCAUAUAUAUUCUUUUAUCUGACAAGAAGAUGUUGCAAAUAGCGAGCAAAAGAAAACUUUAUGUUGUUCUUUGUGUAGUAAUGUUUUUUUUCUUCUUUUCUACGACGUAUUUAUUAUAUAUAUUUCAAAUCACACGUUGACGACGCAAGACAGAAAGAGAAAAACAAAAAUUGUAAAAGUGAAUAUAUCAAUAAUAAUAUGAUGAAUGUGCGCUUAUUUGUAUAUACACAACUACACUUUUUAAUUUAUCAAACCAAGAAAAUAAAGAAAACACGAUUUAAAAUUUACACCCUUCGAUAAAGGUAAAGAAAAAUCAACUAAAAUUGGAUAAGAAUUUGCAUGUUAAACUGCUUUGAAACGAGAAGUAAACGACUUUAUACACCCACACACACACACUCAAUCUUUAUACACUCACACCCAGAAGUUAAUGCGUAAUUUAAACAAAGAUGAAGAAUAUUAUAGCUAUUUUGAUGUCGUCAUAUACAACUGGAUACAUUUGCAAUCGAAUAAAAAGAGGAAAAAGAAAACAAGACACAAGCGCUAGUUAUUAUCUUAUAAAAUAGGGUCUAAUGCAACAAUUUUCGAACAUGUUUCAUAUUAUUAUUUUGCGUAAUCGUCGUUAGUAUCGUCGAUUUUGUUUAAUUUUUUUCUUUUUAAAUAUAAAUUCGGACUGAUCUCUGUCGAAUAAAAUGUCGGAGGAUAAUCAAAAUGUUCAUGUUUUUAAUCGAUUUUUUUUUUCGUUCGGUCACACCGACAUUCGUCGAAUGUUAAGUUAUCUUUAUGGUAAAUGUAAAGAUCACAUAAAACAUUCCGAUCGAACUGAUUUUUUAUGGAAAUUGCAACAGCGAACAAAUGUUGUAGGAAAUUUCGUGAUUUGGUUAUCGCUAGUAUUUAAAACACUGUGGUCUGUGCCAUCACCUUUCACACACACACACACACACACACACAAUACUUCGUUCUAACUAGAAUCAAAUUUCAAAUGUCGAACAAAAAAUAAAUCAACCCUCAAGCAAUCCAAAUCGAAUUCGCUCACAUUUUUUUCUUUUGCGCAAACUUUUGUUUAUUUUGAAUAACUAAAGAACUCUUUAUUGACAUAUACAUAUAUGUUCUUUCCUAAAAAAAAAAACAAAAUAAUCUGCCUCAUAACUAUUAACUAAAAACUUUUUUUUUCUCUAGCAAGUAAGGCAAAUCAUUGUCAAAUGUUAUGCAAACGUUCACGGAAAUGGCAUCGAUUUAGUGUCGCUUUCAAUAUUUUAUAAAAAAUAACCAGAGUUUUGGUGUUUGGUCUCAGAGCAAAAUAGGGGCGAUCUUGUUUUGUUGGUGAAUUUUUGGUCUAGUUGAAGCUUUUUGCGUUUAAUGAACGUUCAACUCAUUCUAUAAAGUUAUACUUCAACCUGAGGUGAAUGUUUGAGAUGAACAUCACAUUGACUUUUCCACCAACGAAAUAUACUCACGUUAUUUUUUGCUUUGAGACAUUUCAAUAUAUUAUUAUAUAUUCAAUAAACAUCAAAACCGUUUCGAACAAUUGGCCGAUAGCUGUCUAUUUUGAUAUUAUAUCUCAUAGCAACAAAACAAUUUGGCAAAACAUCCGAGAAUAUACAACAACAACACACAAAAACAUGCGUAGAAAUCGCAUCAUUUAUGAAAAUUUUAGAGAAAUUUUUACUUGUAAAUGGUACUUACAUUAUAUAUUAUGAAAUAUUACAUUUAAAAACAAAUUAUAUACACACGUAAAACAAAUUCAUUAUUAUCAUCGCUGCAUUCGCUAAUUUAUUAUCGAUUAUUUAAAAAAAAUGAAGUAUAUAUUAUAUUAUGAACUCUUUUUGUUUUCUUUCGAAAAUGUACGAGAAAAGGAAAACAAACACAAAAUGAAAAACUAAUCGAUACAAUUCAAUAAAAAUUGAACCAAAUGCAUGUCAACAAUUAA